GUAUUUAUGCCCUGGUCAAGCAGGAGGUGUAAGAAAUGCUUUCAUGCGGCAGUUGUGGUACAGUAACAGUUGUUCAGUCGUAACAUGAGCGAUAUUAAGGCACGACAUUCAGCGAGGGCAAGAAAGCAAAGGGGUUGCACAAAGAUGGAAGACCAUUUAAUAGAGGACGAGACAGUAUUUUACUCGAAGGCAGAACACUACUGGAGGGAAGUCCCGCCCACUGUGGAUGGAAUGCUGGGAGGUUAUGGCACCAUUUCCAGCAUUGACAUUAAUGGCUCCAAAAAGUUCCUCCAAGAAUUCCUUGGGGAAGGCCAGGGUAAAACUGGGACAAGCUGUGCUCUGGACUGUGGGGCUGGAAUUGGCCGUAUCACCAAGCAACUGCUCCUGCCACUCUUCCGGACGGUGGACCUAGUGGACGUCACUCAGGAGUUCCUAGAUAAAGCUCGUACAUAUCUGGCUGAUGAGGGCAAGAGGGUGGAGAACUAUUUCUGCUGUGGUCUGCAGGACUUUCAGCCCCAGCCAGAACGCUAUGAUGUCAUUUGGAUUCAGUGGGUGAUUGGCCACUUGACUGAUGACCAUCUGGUGGAAUUUUUAAGGCGUUGCCGGAGCGGUCUGCGUCCAGAUGGCCUCAUUGUAGUGAAGGAUAAUGUUGCGUAUGAAGGUGUAAUACCUGAUGAUGUGGACAGCAGCGUGUGUCGGGACCUGAAUGUACUACACAACAUAGUGGCCAGGGCAGGACUCAACAUCAUCUUUGAGGAGCAGCAGCGGAACUUCCCUGAGGAGAUCUAUCAGGUCCACACUCUCGCUCUCAGAUAGCUGCGAGCAUCGAGUGUGUGCCUGUAUGUUUAAAAGCCAAUGAAUGUGAGAUUAAAUCGUGUAGAAUCUAUGUUAGCUACACAAGGCUACUUAUUACUGCCAAUGUGAAUGCUGUAUUUAAAUAGCACAAGAUUGAAACAUGACUGUGGGAGCUUGAGUUUGUAAGGAGAGUAAGUUGGAAGGUUCAAGUUGACCUCUAAACCAUAUAUAAAACAUAGAUAAUGUUACAGCUCUGAUUCAUAGCCAUCAUGAGUAAAUACAAAAGUGGCUAAAAGUUUUACACUCCAAUUGAUAUUCAGUGCAAAGUCUGGGUAUGUAGGGUUUUAUUACAGACAGAAAAAAAAAACAUGUAAGGCAGAAACAAUCAUGAAAAAAUAUAAUCAAUGCACAUCACACCUCUUGUGUUAAAAAGUGGAUAUCCUGAAGACUUGAAGGAAUUCAAAUUCUCUCAAUUUACUCAUCCUCAUGCCAUCCCAGAUGUGUAUGACUGUCUUCAGCAGAACACAAAUUAAGUUUUUUUUAGAACAAUAUUUCCAAUCUGUAGGCCCAUACAAUGCAAGUGAUUGGUGUCCAAAACUUCAAAGCACUAAAAAAGCCCAUAAAGGCAGCAUAAAAGAAAUGAAAUGACUCCAGUGGUUUAUUCCAUGUUUUUUGAAGUGAUCCAAUUGAUUUUGGGCGAGAACAAACCAAAAUGUAACUCCUCUUUCAUUGUAAAUCUUGCCUUUACAGUCUCUUGACACAAUCAUUAUUUCAAACUAUACACUUCCUGAUGCUUGAUGCAUGUGUUCAUUGUAAUCAAGCUUCAAAUCAUUAUUGCAAAAGAAACUACUCGUGUUAAGACUUAUUGUGAAAAAGUCAUACACAUCUGGGAUGUCAUGAGGGUGAGUAAAUGAGAGAAUUUUCAUUUUUGGGUGAACCGUUCCUUUAAGAAGUUAAACCGUGUUAAAACAGUGUGUAGCAUGUAUCUUUGGGUUUGAACAUUGUGAAGGAAAACCUUUUAAUAAAUUAUGAGAAGUUGAGUAUACAAGUUAAUGUUACAUUUUAGAAUGGGUCUUAUAUUUUAUAGCUGUUGACUCAACUCUCAAAUGAACACAUUUUGUUUUGCCUUGAAUAAAAUAA